UCAACCUUUCGCUUUAUUUUUUCGAUUUAUUGCACAAUAACACGUCAAUUAAGACAGUAAUUUCAAAUUAUAGCCAUGUCGUGGUUUGGCUUUGGUAAACAGAAAAGUAAUUUACCUCCUGCAACUCCUCUGCAGACUCACAGAUCUCGGCAAAUUGAAUCUUUGAAGACCUUCAACCAAAAUGUCACUGAGCUACAAAGAGACGUUGAAUACAGAGUCUCAACUAGUGUCCUUGGGAAGAAUGUCUGCCUUCACAUUAACCUCCCACCACAGUUUCCCCAGGAACCACCACUUGUGAAGGUCACUCCCCCUUUGCACCAUCCGUGGGUCAGUGAUAAGAUGAUUGUUAUAGGAUGUCCAAGCCUCAACAAUUUUGUGAUGCAUUCUGAUCUCGGUCAAAUCAUCCGACAGAUCGUUGAUGAAUUUCAGAGAAACCACCCUGCCUUCAUUGCACAAGCCCCACAAAAUAGUGGUCAUAUGCCAUACACAAGGCAUCCAGGCAGUCAAAACAAUGCUCCAACCAUUCCGUCAUCCGGUGCCUACCCCUCAGCAGGUUACAAGCCACCAGGACAAAUGCCAACACUCCCAGCCCGGCCAGUCAGACCAGCCCCCGCUCCCCCUAAUAGACGGGAUCACCCACCUCCUCAAAGAUCUGCCUCUCCACCUUCUAAUUCUUACCUAAAUUAUGACUUCCCAGAAGUACCAACAAGUUUUCCAGAGCUCAAUGAGUUGAGUGUAUCGGAGCUACAAGAUCUCGCGUCUGGCGGCAAUGAAGAAAUUUUAUUACACUACAUCAAGGCAUCACCACAAUUAGAGGCUGUGACAGGACUGAGAGAAAAAACAUGGAAGGAAAACGAGGAAUUGGCAAGGGCGAAUUUGGACAGGAAACCAGAAAUCGAACAUUUAAAGAUGCACUUGCUUGAAAAAUUUGAUGUCAUGAAUGAUCUACGGAAAGAAUUUGAUAUAAAGACUCGCAAACAGGAGGAACUGAGAGAUCGUUUCUUGCCUGGGAAUUUCCAGACGCAAUUAAAGAUGGUGACACUGCAGGCGGAGGAGGAAUCAGAACAAGUGGCAGAAAAAUUCUUGAAUGGGAAAAUUGAUAUUGACGAAUUUAAAAAACAAUUUAUGGAUGUCAGGACGCUAAGUCAUUGUCGGAGGGCCAAGGAAGAGCGGUUGAAUCAGCAUUUAUCAUCAAAUCAAAGAGUCUAUGACUAUCGGACGUGAGACUGACGAAUUUUCAAUGGACUACCAGUAUAACAAAUUAAUUCUGCUGAAACAAUGUGAUUGUAGUCUUAUCAGAUUUGUGUCAGCGGAAACUUCUUGUCUUAUUAUGUUUCAACGACAUUGCUAUUUGAACAUUCUGAAUUCUGGUGGUCACCACAUUCAUUAGUGUGGUAAAAGUUUCUAAUUUGUUAGGCACCAAUGCAAAUGAGCAAUAUGCGACCCUGUCAGUCCUGUGGCACUUUGCUUCAAGCUUUUGUCGAGCUGUAAUGUAUUCUAUGGUGCUAUUAUUCACUGUAUAAAUAUUUUUUGCAAAUGUCAUUGCACAGAACUAUACUACAUUUGUUUAUGUUUUGUCUGUACUGUUUUGGGCUCUGGAGUUUGUUUUUUAUCGGUUCAGACCAAAAUUUACAAACAGUGGACUUUAGACAAUCUCACAUCUUUGUAUAUGUGUAUUCAAGUUGAGAUGGUGGAGUUUUUCAUUGUUCAAAUCUGCACAUACACCAUCUGCUGAAAUUCUUACAUGUAUCUCAAAAUCAUGGCUUUGGUUGAUAUCAUUUUUCGAUGUGGUUCAUUGAUCAUGAUCAUCAUUCAAGGAAUAUGAUAAAGGCAUGUUUCUGUCAUUGAAAGUUCCAUUCUGUUCAUGAGGUGCACUUAAUAGUUUGUGUUGUAAUUAAAAUUAAACUUAUCUUUUGGAGAAGAUGAAGUCCAUGUUGUGAUGUUGUAUAUAAUAAAAAAUGAAAA